UCCACCCCCUCCCAAACUGUAUUUAAGGGUUGGCAGUGUAAACAAGGAUGUUUUGCUAGAGAUCCCUGUGUACCUUGGGCCUUCUGAAGAUGGCUGCUCUCUGUCAGAGUGCCAACCACAGCCAGAUAGGCUUCCCAGGUGUGUGGCUUCCCACUGUCUUUGCUUGUUCUCAGCCUCUAUGUGAAGCUGCAGUAGAGGCCUUAAUGCAGAGGUCAGUGCAGAUUUCUGAAGCUGAAGGAAAAGGUGAAAUUCUUCCCCCAACCAUACAAAAUAUAAUAAAAGGAUACAACAAAUAUCUACGUCCAUUUUUUGACAAUGGUCCUGUGUCUGUUGGAAUGAGUCUGGAUAUUGCAAGCAUUGAUACCAUAUCAGAAAUAAACAUGGAUUACACGGCAACCAUAUUUCUGAGGCAGCGGUGGACUGAUGAGAGGCUUUGUUUUGAUGGCAAUAAGAGUUUAAGUUUAGAUGGUCGGCUUGUGGAAAUGCUCUGGGUCCCAGAUACUUUCAUAGUUGAUUCAAAAAAGUCUUUUCUUCAUGAUAUCACUGUUGAGAAUCGUCUGAUAAGAAUAUACCCUAACGGAACAGUCUUGUAUGCUAUACGGAUCACCACAACUGUUGCAUGCAGCAUGGACCUUACCAAAUACCCAAUGGAUAAGCAGACGUGUACCUUGCAACUGGAAAGCUGGGGUUACAACAUCAACGAUGUCAUGUUUUACUGGACUAGAGGAAAUGAUUCUGUUCGUGGGUUGGACACACUCCAGCUGGCACAGUAUACAGUGGAAGACCACUUUACCUCAGUAUCUGAAGCAGUAUAUGAAACAGGACGCUACCCCAAGUUAGUGUUUCACUUUGAGCUCAAGAGAAACAUCUUGUAUUUCAUACUAGAGACAUAUGUACCAUCAAUUCUCCUGGUUGUGCUCUCCUGGGUGUCAUUUUGGAUAAGCCAGUCAUCUGUUCCAGCCAGAAUCUGCAUAGGUGUUACCACAGUCCUCACUAUGACAACACUGAUGAUGGGAGCCAGGACUUCACUCCCAAAUGCUAACUGCUUUAUUAAGGCAAUUGAUGUGUACCUUGGCAUCUGUUUCAGUUUCAUCUUUGGAGCAUUGUUAGAGUAUGCCGUGGCUCAUUUCUGCACCCUGCAUCGACCCAGUUCAAAGGAAAUUCCAAAGGUAUUUUAACUCUCUUAUUGUUGGCCUACAAAGCAGACUUCAAUUCUAACUGCUGAAAAGAAUCAAUUAUCUUAUUUAGCACUAAUAGUAAAUGUAUGUAAGGAAUUUUAUAUUUUAAUGUAAUGACAGUAAUAAGUAAAUAACCUCAAGAAAUAAGAAAAAGGUUUUGAAUUCCUGGAUCAUUUUGAAAGAGAAAUCAAAUGAAGUGAAACACUAGUGUGAUACAUGUACAGGCAUUCACCUUUUCUCUGGCAUACACCUACUCACUGUUCAAAAAUUGGACCGAGCAAGGUGGCUUGAUCUUAUUGCAGUACAGGAAAAAAACCCACAAAGAACACUUGCAUUAAUCACAUACCAUUUAUGAAACCUUCUGCACAUGUAUGGAAUGUGAGUCAGCUUACUAGCAGAAAGCUUCAUGCCUCAGUUCCCUGUAGCCUUCCACCUACAUCUUCUGUCUCAGCAGCUGCAGACUGUGAUUCACUUUCUGUUCUGCGUCAUUAUUAUAGCAGAGCUUUUUAUUGCUCUAGUGAGCUUCCCAGAACUCUGAAAUGUUGUGAAGUAUACUUAAAAUAAUGAAGGAUCAAAUCAACAUAGGCGUUUAUGAGACUGGUGGUUGUCAUCUUGCUGAAAUAAUCAGGACAGGUUCAUGAAAAAGUUUUGUCAUAUCCUCCAUCUUCAGUGUUUGGCAAAAAAAUAACUAGAAAGUUAGAAACUGAUUGUCUUAAAGCUUUUCAUUAUGGAACAGAGUUUAAUAUGCAUGAAAGAA